AUGGCAGCCCCGUUCGGCAAUGAGGUGAAGUGCGUUAGCGUAGAGUGGGACCUGUUGCAAGGACUGUUGGUUAAGAAUCAGCCGGUGCCCUGUCUGCAGGCCCUGCGGAAGGAGAAGUCCCGCAAUGCCGCCCGCUCCCGGCGCGGCAAGGAGAACUUCGAGUUCUAUGAGCUGGCCAAGAUGCUGCCCCUGCCCGGCGCCAUCACCAGCCAGCUGGACAAAGCCUCCAUCGUCCGCCUCACCAUCAGUUACCUCAAGAUGCGCGACUUCGCCAACCACGGCGACCCCCCGUGGGGGCUGCGGGCCGAAGGGAGCCCCCCGCCUGGCCCCGCCGGCAAAGGUCCCGGCAGGAGGAACAUGGCAGCUCUGCUGACGAAGCUCUUUGAACAGCAUCUGGGAGGACACAUUUUGCAGUCUCUGGACGGGUUUGUGUUUGCACUAAACCAAGAGGGGAAGUUUCUUUACAUCUCCGAGACGGUGUCUAUUUACCUCGGGCUCUCGCAGGUGGAGAUGACAGGCAGCAGCGUCUUUGACUACAUCCAUCCCGGAGAUCACCCUGAGGUCGCCGAGCAACUGGGGCUCAAGCCGCCUUUUGAUGCUGUUGGCUCCCCGGCGGGGAGCCAGAAACCCCCAGGCCUCACCGGGGCCAGCUCGUCCUCCUCCCUGAACGAGGCCUCUGAGCCCGAUCCCGCCGGCUCCCACGCCCCCCCCAAGCACGACGCCCUGGAACGAUCCUUCUUUGUCCGUAUGAAAUCCACCCUGACCAAGAGAGGGCUGCAUGUGAAGACUUCUGGCUACAAGGUGAUUCACGUUACUGGCCGUCUCCGCCCCCGCCUGCCGUCCUUCUCCCACGCCCAUUCGGUCCUCAGCCGAGUCCUGGGGCUGGUGGCCCUGGCCCACACGCUGCCGCCUUCCACGCUCAGCGAGGUGCGCAUCGAGUGCCACAUGUUUGUGUUCCGGGUCAACAUGGAUCUGCAGAUCGUGUACUGCGAGAGCAGGAUCAGCGAUUAUAUGGACCUAUGCCCCUCGGAGCUGGUAGGGAAAAGCUGCUACCAGUUUAUCCAUGGCGAGGACGUGGAAGGAAUCCGGCAGAGCCACCUGGACUUGUUGAAAAAAGGCCAGGUCGUGACCCGAUAUUACCGCUGGCUGCAGAAGAACGGGGGCUUUGUGUGGAUUCAGUCCUGUGCCACCAUCUCAGUCAAUAUCAAGAACCCCAGCGAGAAGAAUAUGGUCUGGGUCAAUUACAUCCUCAGCAAACCCGAGUAUAAGAACACGGCUCUGGACAUCUUCCAGCUGCCUGGGAUUCCAGCCCGACAGACCGAUGCCUCCGACGUGUCCGACUUGGAACCUGACUUCAAAGAGAGCGACCAUGGGCCGGAACACAAGCAGGGGAACCAGUUUCUGCCCAAAGCGGCUGGGGCCUUGGCCAAAGGUUACUCCCGGAGCAGCCCGGAUGACGGGGCCCGUUGCUCCAUGGCGGAGAACGAUGCCAGCAGCCCGGAAACGAGCUACAAGGAUGAGGAGGUGUCGGAAGGAGCUGGGGCAAGCGACGCCGAGAGCAGGCGCAGGGGGCCCCGGAGCAAACGGAUCAAGCUGGAGUUCCAGCCGGAGAGCCCCCCCCGGGAGGCCUCGCUCGUCAGCUCCGAGGAGUCGGACAGCGGCAGCGAGGAGGAGCCUGAUCUCCCGCCCCAGCCGGUGGCGCUGGAGAGGAGGGUGAACGGGUACAAUAUGGCGGCAGGGCGAAACGCGGGUCCGAGCCGGCCCUGCACAUCAGAGUUCGCCUCUGUCAUCCAGACCCAGAGGAGCUACCCACCGAAAGCCAGCGCGGCGCUUAGCAUUAAGACGGAGCAGAGCCAGGCUCCCAAGUACGACAAGGCCGCCCUGUGGACCUACCCCUCUGCCCGGGAUGCCCUCCACGAGGGACCCCCCUACACUGUGAGCAAAGCACUUAGCCUGGAGAAGCCCAUUCUGAGGCAAGCCACUUCCCACUUGUACGUCUCCAUCCCGGACUCUGUCCUCACCCCUCCCGAGAUGGACAGCAGCGGGGGCCUGGCUAAGGCCCCCUUCAGCACCUCUCCCCGGGCUAUGCUACCAGCCCCCUCAGCUGAAACGCUCUCCCCCCCGCUCUCGGGCUCACCGUGCGAGGAAAGGGCCACGUCGACGCCCUUCGCCCCCCUGGUCUAUCCUGGCGAGAUGGAGGCACUCCAGCGGUUCCACGCAGGGAACAUGGUCCUCCCGCUGGUGCACCAGCUCGGCGGGCACCACGGCAUCGCCAGCACCACAGGCUCCCAGAGCCUCUACACCACCAGCACUAUCCGAUACGCCCCGGCCGACGUGACCCUGGCUGUGCCAGGCAGUGUGCUGCCUGCCUCCCACGCAAUCAACCUCAUGGACAUCGGCAGCACGGAGUCCAAGACCUCCAUGGAACUCAUGUACCACCACAUCCAGCGGCUCAACAUGGUGGCGCCGUUUGGGAACUCAGCAAGCGCCACCGGUUUGGCGCAGAUUUCGGGCGCUGCGGGGGGCGUUUUCACGGCCGCCGAAUCCUUGUUCUCUACGCUGCCCUUCUCCGUGGCCAGCGGCGGCAUCCACAGCCUGUCAGCCGCAGAGCGCAAAGAGGACUAA